GAAGGCAUUGCUUGGCUGGCUUGGCUUCCGUUGAACAGUAGGUUAAAAAAUCGGUAGAGACAACAAAGCAGGGCAGCAGCUGGGCGGAGGAGUCCAGGGCGAGGCCGCGAGGGAGGGAUGGCUUUGCCGGCGCUGAGCCUGUCUCGCUCCCCGUCGUCCUCCGUCUCCUCGUCACCUGUCGAUCGUUGUCCCCGAUCUACCUCUACCUUUCGGCGCUUCGGUUCGUCCUUCGCCUACAAACCUGCCGCAGGAAUUUGCUCUGCUAGCCAGGCAAUUGAAUUGCUGCCUUCGUUGUGCCCUGAAAUUGUUGUCCGAGAUGCACAGCUCGAGGAUUGUUGGGAAGUAACUGACACUCAUUGCAGCUCUUUCUUUCCGGAUUACAAGUUCCCAUUGGACCUUGUUCUACGGAUUGAUCGUUACAUUGCUCUUCUAUCUGGAUUUUCAGUUCCACCCGGGUGCAUGAGGACUUGCCUUGUCGCAGUCAAUUCUAAUUCUGUAAAUAAUAGCUUCAGCAUCGAGCGUGGAGAUCCUCGAGAUGCCGGAGCCGGAUUUCAGAAAUACAAUCUCAAUAGGGGCUCCAUAGCUGGCAUUCUUACAAUUGACACAGUGGCAGACUAUCUUCCGAGAAGGGGACCCCUGAAGCAGAGAAGAACAGGUAUUGCUUAUAUAGCAAAUGUCGCGGUGCGAAAGGAGGAACGUCGGAAAGGGACUGCUAAAAUGUUGGUCCAAGAAGCAGAGGUGCGAGCAAAGAGUUGGGGAUGCCGGACCAUGGCAUUGCAUUGCGAUGUAAACAACAUAGCUGCCCUGCAGCUUUACAAAAAUCAAGGUUUCAAAUGCAUCCGUGUACCAGAAGGAGCUAAAUGGCCAGAACCUAAGAUUGCUAAAGGAGUGCAAUUCAGCUUCAUGAUGAAGCUGGUGCCUAAGAUUUGAGCUGUUCAAGUAAAUUGGUUAGAAAAUGAAGUUGGAAUACGUAGAUACUGCACAGAUGCACCAGUCGCUCCUUUCACAUGUACAGCAGCUGGUACAUAGUUCGGUUACUUUGUAAAUGGUAUAUAACAGCCACGUACUGUUGCCCCAAAGUUGUGAGGGUGUUAUCACUUCUUUACAUGACCUGACCCAGGGCUCCUUACAGAUAGCCUGGAGAACCGAAUAAAAUCUUACAAUUUCGACGCCCAGAUUUCCUUUAUAGCUUGUUUUUUUCUACUAUGAAUCUUGUGAAGAAAAUGUAUGAACAAAGAGAUUCAGAUGAUCUCACUGGUAAUAGUUCAAAAAUUCUUUUCA